UUCAAGGAGCCGCGCCCGCCGCCGAACGCCCUCAAGUCGACGCCGAUCUUCCUCGCGCUGACCGGCGCGCUCGCGUACAUCUCGUACUCGGUGUACGCCUCGAGCGCGGCGCUGCCGGCGGCGGACGCGCGCUCUUCUCAGGUCCCGUUCUGGAAGCGCAGCGUGAAGCCGUCCGCGUGGGGGGGCGGGCGCGAUUGAAGAAGAGAGUACAGCUGGCACCAUCGGAUCGCGUCGAAGACUCGACGAUGGACCGGGAGGAGGAGGAGGAGACGCUCGCGGCGAGGAGGAAGAAGCUGAAGCGAAAGCGCGCGGACGCGCAGCGCGCGGACGCGCGCGCGAUGACGAGAGCGGGCCUGAGCUUCGCGGAGCAGUCCACGCGCGCCCUCCCGAGAGACGUCCUGCUGCGCAUCUUCGCGAUGGCGACGGAGCUCCCCGCGGACGUCGCGGACGACGCGCGACGGUCCACUCAUCGAACCGGCGCGAUCCCGCUCGUCCCCAAGCUCGCGAGCACGUGCCGCGCGUUCCGCGACGUCCUGCGCGAGCGGCCCGAAAGCGUGUGGCGAGUCGUGGACCUGUCCUACGGGUGGUGUCGGCCGAGCGACGCCGUCAUCCGCCGGCUCUGCGCGUCCGGUCAGUGGGCGAAGGUGCACACGCUCAACCUGAGCGGGUGCGCGACGCUGACGGACAAGACGUACGCCGCGCUCGCGAAGCACUGCCCGGAGCUGAAACAUCUGGACGCGAGCGGGAUGGGAGACAAGGUGACCGCGGGCGCGCUCGCGUCCAUCGCGGGAAGGCUCGAGUCCGCGUCGUUGGAUCAUCUGAGCCUCUCCCCCGCGCGCGGCGGCGUCCGCGGCGCGACGACGUACGUCGCGUCCGCGCUGACGGGUCGACUGAAACGGCUGAGCAUCGCGGCAUUACCGUGGCUCGGGAACGACGUCCUCCCCGCGGUC